AUGCUGCCAAGGUUAUCGUUACUCUUCCAUUCUUUGUUUGUCCCUCUCUCGUUCGCGCGCGACAACAACAACGAUACCACCACGACCCAAUAUGCUGCCACCAGCGGUACAGUCUGGGCCACGCCCCACGAUAGUUACUCGUCGUCAAUAGGCGUUCUCGGUUGUAAAGUCGACACGAAUCGCAUCGCUUAUUGGCCCAAUUCCAUCGAUUGCGACAAUAUCUGCAUUUCUCUGACCUACCAAGACCGCUCCGUCUAUCUCCUCCGCAUCGAUCAAUCCCAAGGCGCACACGAUGUCAGCUACGAUGCGUGGAAUUACCUCUACACUGGCUACAGCGCCACCGACAAACCUACAGCCGGCGGUCCUAUCGAAAUGACAUACGAAAACGUCGAUGCCUCCAAAUGCAAACACUUGAUCGAUACAAAGGGUAGCAAAUUACCCCUCAGCGCCGCCAACAGCAUGAACUUCCUCACGAGCUGCCUCGAUCGCAACAGCAGCACCUGGGUCGGCGACAAUUACGUCCUGUAUAACAUCCUCGACUCCAUCUGUACGCUUGGUCACGACGAGAAGUGCGAGCUGGACUACCCCGCCGCGAACCAGGCCGAGUGUCCUCAUACAAUGGGCGUCCCAGAUGAAUUAAAGGGUCAGACGGUAUACAAUAUUCGGUAUCCCAGUGGAGAAAAGGUCAGCGCCGCGGACGGAAAGCCUGCAGAUGAGGACGGCGCGUCGGGGGUGAAGCAGCCGAGCGGCAACGUUCUGGCAUUGGUGGUUUUGUUCUCGGCUUGUCUUGUCUUUGGUAUAUAG